AACCAGGGUCUGUAUUGACGUCUCUAGCACUGAGAUGCAGUGUCUUAGACCGCUGCUCCACUCGGGCGAAACAGUUGUAAGGGGAGUACUGUACAUUUGUCUAACAAUCCUGCUUGGUGGAAGUGUCAACGUCAUCCUCCAGAAGGCUCCCUUCUGAUUGGUGAAUGGCUAGUUAGGGUGUGGUCAAAGUGCAUAUAACUGUAUGCUAUUGCUUUGGGGCUCUUCUGUUGGUUGUUGUUUCUAGUUGGGACCUUGUGUCGUCUAUCCAGUUAGGGCAGGACUCAGGAGCAGUGUCAAAUAUCUAGCGUGCUGUUGGCUAAAAUAAACUUUCCUCUGCAUGACUGCCUCAGUGGUCCACUCUCCUAUUAGUUGAGUUGACUAAGAUACCCUUCAGUCCCUCAUUUUCUGCCUAAUCCUCCUGGCCUCGUACCCAUCAGAGGGACACUCAUCUCCUACUCCUUCCCCAGAGAUGUCUCCCCAGGCUUCUCUCCUACCUGCAGUGGUCCUGUCACUGGUUCUGGUUGUGUGGGUUCUGACAGGGCUGACCCAUGCCCAGCCCAAGGCUUCUGUCCUGGACUUCUCAGCCAGCCUGGGUAACCUCCUCCCCAGCCUCAGCCGACCAGCCAACUCCAGCCGGAUCUUCUAUGGGGUAAUGUUUGACGCUGGCAGCACUGGCACACGCAUCCACGUCUAUACCUUCAUACAGAAAGACCCUGAGGAGUUACCAGUGUUGGAUAAUGAGAUGUUCCAUUCCAUCAAGCCUGGUCUGUCAGCAUAUGCAGACAUGCCUGAAAUGGGUGGGUAUACAGUGAGGCAGCUUCUGAAAGUGGCUAAGAAAACCGUCCCUCGGCUGGAAUGGAAGAGAACCCCGCUGGUCUUGAAAGCUACAGCAGGACUCAGGCUGCUGCCCUCAGAGAAAGCCCAGGCUCUGCUGGAACAGGUGCAGGAUGUUUUUGAUGAAUCUCCCUUCUUCGUGCCAGACGAUAGCGUCAGCAUAAUGAACGGUACAAAUGAAGGAAUCUUGGCGUGGGUUACUGUGAACUUUUUGACAGGUCAUCUGUAUGCUGAGACCAGGAAGACAGUGGGGAUUCUGGAUUUGGGGGGAGGAUCGACUCAAAUCACUUUUCUUCCUAAAUCCAAGAAAACCAUUGGAAGUUCUCCUGAUGACUACAUUGCCAGAAUUGACAUGUUCAACUCGACAUAUGAACUCUACACUCACAGCUACCUAGGUAAUGGACUGAUGGCAGCUAGACUGGCAGCCCUAGGAGCACUGGGGGCAGACGGGUUAGAGUGGAGAGUGUUCAAAAGCUCCUGCCUGCCUAAGAAGUUCAGAGAGGAGUGGAGGUUUGGAGGACUCACCUACAUAGUCAGUGGGAUACCUGAUGGUUAUGUGGGAUACACACUGUGUUACCAGGAAGUGCUGAAGGUGGUAAAGGGAAUAGUUCACCAGCCCUAUGAGUUGAAAGACACCAGUGUGUUCUACGCUUUCUCCUAUUACUUUGACCGAGCCGUGGAUGCAGGCCUUAUUGACAGGACCCAAGGAGGAAUGCUAGAGGUCAGGGACUUCAAGAAGAGAGCUAAAGAGGUGUGUAACAAGAUGUCUAUGUACCGUCCGAUCAGCCCCUUCCUGUGUAUGGACAUGACCUACAUCACUUGUCUGCUCAAAGACGGCUUUGGCUUCAAGGAGAACACUGUACUGCAGCUGACUAAGAAAGUCAACAACGUGGAGACUAGCUGGGCUUUAGGUGCCACGUUCAACCACUUCCAGAACCUAAAGAUCCACAGAUAGACAAGGAGCCACAGGUCUGGGUGGGCAGGAGGAGAAAACCACUGGAUUAGAUGGUGCUCAAAAAUAAAUGGACUGAGGAAUUCUUGUUGUUUUAAACAGCCUUUGUUCCUGCCUUGUUGUGGAUUGUAAUGUCUUAAAAAUAUGCCUUGCAUCUUUGACUAUCAAGAUUUGACCUUUCUGAGAUAACAUUACAAUUGUUACAACUAUUUUGUUACCCAACACCUAAAUGGCUGGUACUAUAGUUCAGUAGGUCUGUUGUUUUCAUGUGACUGGUUGCUAUAGCACAGUGGUCAUAUAUUAUUUACAUCUCUAUUAAAGCACUGGGGGCUGUCGCUGACAAACGCCACUGAGUUGUGUUACUGUAUAAAAGGUGGAUAUUUUGACCGUCUGUUUAAUAUCACUUGGGUGCGAAAUUUAUUUUCAAUUAAAAAUAAAAAAAAACUGGUAUGAGUGUGCUUUGCAAAAAUAGCGUGUUCAAUUGUUCUACAUGCAGCCCUCUGUGCAUCAAAUCUUACUGUGCCUUAGUUCCAAUAGCAGCUUGGGAGUUUGGAACUGAUUUCAAAGUUUCCUUUCUAUUAAUGAUGGAGGACGGAGCACAUUUAAUGUCAUUUUCAAAUAGUUUUACGUCAGCUAUUGACUUGAUUAAUUUGUGAAUUAAGCUAAAAGCAACAGCCUUAAUAUUGUUUUACAAAAGGAAUAUCACUGCAUGUUAACCUUAUCUGCUCUCAGGUGAGCUUACACAAUUGAUUAAGGACGUUUCACAAUGACAAAUCCAGGUAGCUAUACAUGUACUUUCUUUUAAUAAAACUCAUGAUUUGUA